CUGCGUUGGUAGUCGAUAAUUCACGUCAAUCGAUACCAUCGUCUCAAACGACGAAUUUUGUAAUCUUUAUCUAAUCAACACAACAGCGUGGUCGGCUUUGAAGCAUGUCACUGUCACGCAUUCCCCUGUGUUAGGAAAAGAAAGUGUGUAGUGGUGGUUACGAAUGCAGGGAUUUCUUACGACCGUGUAGUGUACAAAUGAGUUUUGUUGUUGGUAACGACGUUAGAAAUAAGCAAUGUGGUUCUCUCUGUUAUCUUCUAAUAGUGGUUUGUUUCAUGGCAUUGUUUAUGUUUGGUUUCUUCCCGACAUCAUACUUGCAAUCCCGUAAGGCAACAAAAGAUGAUAUUCCUUAUUUUGUCGGCAAUACUAGGGUGAAUGCAAGUGCUUUAUACAAACCGCUUGUAAAAAAAUUGAUAAUAAUCAUAAUAGAUGCCUUAAGAGUGGACUUUGUUGAAGGGGAAACUGGGCUGAGAAACAUGCCUUACACUGCAUCUUUGAUUAAAGAAAGUGCGGCAUGCCAGUACGUAGGAAGAGUUAGCCCACCCACAGUAACAAUGCCAAGGAUUAAGGCUCUUACAACAGGUUCAGUCCCCAACUUCAUUGAUGUUAUCCUCAAUUUUGGUAGUAGUGCUGUUACUGAUGAUAACCUGUUACAUCAGGCAGUCAGCAAUGGACUGAAGAUUGUCUUCUAUGGCGAUGACACUUGGCUGAAACUUUACCCAGACAAAUUUGUGAGAAGUGAGGGAACUUCAUCAUUUUUUGUAUCUGAUUUCUGGGAGGUUGAUAGCAAUGUUACACGUAACUUACCAUCUGAACUGAAUUCCGAUGACUGGAGUAUAAUGGUACUCCAUUAUUUGGGCUUAGAUCACAUUGGACAUGUUGAGGGACCAGAAAGCCAUCAUAUAAGAACAAAACUUAAUGAAAUGGACAGUGUUGUACAAAAAAUACAUGAACAGUUUGUUGUCAAGAAUACCAAUGGAGGAAAACCAUCUCUUAUGGUCAUCUGUGGAGAUCAUGGAAUGAAAGAUUCUGGUGGUCAUGGUGGUGCAUCACUACCUGAAAUAACAGUACCAAUUAUUGCUGUGGGGCAGAGCUGUGUACAGAGAUAUUCCAGCUCUGUGUUUGAUAAUGAAAGAAUUAUUUCACAAAUUGAUUUAGUUCCUACAUUGUCUGCUCUUCUUGGAGUUCCUAUACCAGCUGGUAAUCUGGGGAAAACCAUGUAUGGACUGUUGCAUCACCUACCAACAAACAAACAGUUGUAUUUCUUAUAUUAUAAUGCUCAACAAAUGGCUGAGUUAUUUGGAAAAACCUUUGAGAUAACAGAAUCAGAUUGUCAUUCAGAAUAUCAAAAAGCUGUUCAACUUCAUGAGAAAUGGUUAAUUUAUGAACAAGAAGAAAAGAACACAGCCAUUGAAACAACCAUUGCAACAUAUUACUCUGCACUGUCAUGCAUGGGUUUCAAACUUACGGAGUCUCUGAUAAAGUAUGACAUCCACACAAUCUGUGUUGCCAUUGGGGUGUUGUUGCAGGCCUUUGCGUAUGGAAUGUGUGUAACAAAAUGUUCACAUCCAUCAGCUAUGCUCUCAGUGUUCUUCUUCAUGCAGCAGUCAUUUUCCCUCUGCACUCCAUUUUUUUAUUGCUUCUAUAUAUUUAAUGAAAUUGUUCUCUUUGUCAUUUGGUUUCCAGUUUUUUCCAUACCUUUGUUGCAGAGCACGUUCGUACUAUUUAUUUUUCCAUGUUCGAGACUGGUGAGCUUUAAAGUUGUGCCCACAAGAAUAUUGGUUUUAAGUGUCUUGGUCAUUGUGCUUAAUUCUGCGUGCUGCAUCCACAGCCCUGACAGUUUUCUCUGCACACCAAGCACCAAAUCAUAUUUUGUACGACUUUUUGCUGCGUUAUUGACAUCAUUCAAUAUAGUAAUGAUAAGAGAGUGUCUCCAGCAUAGAUCUAAGUUGAUGGUAAAAUGUGAAAAUCAAAUUUUAUUGAUAGGUUUAGUCUUACAUAUUGUUAGCCUGGGAUCCAGCAGCUUCAUUGAAGAAGAGCACCAAAUAUGGUACUUUUUGUGGAGCACUUUGGCACUUGCAAAAUUGUAUGAGUGUAUUGUAUCUUACACUUCCAAAAUGGGAAGCAUUUCACGUGAGAAUGUAACAAAACAGAAAAUGAAACAGUUAGUCUGCAGAUGGUUAUUAGCAGUCACAUUCCAUUGCGUACUCAGAAAAUUAAAUCAAACUGGUGACAAAUGGGCGCAUUUGCCAGAUAUUGGAGACUGGCUGACACUUGAUGAAAAUAAGACAUUCUUAUCUGGUGUACUUUUACUUGGUUUAUUUGCUUUGAUUCUGUGUUGCUUCAAUAUCAGCAUCACUCCUUACAAAUCUCGAAGCAAUUCACUGAUUGAUCUCAGCUUGUAUGCAGCAGCAGCUGUGUGUAUUUACCUGUAUAGAGCAGCCAUUGGAAGUGUUCUACUUCCUUUUGAUUAUCCACAAUCAAGGGGUCUGUACGAGUCAUUCGGAACGUGGUGUAUUUUAGGAGUAAUAAUGAUUAAAUUGGUGUUGGAAGUUUUAUUCACAUCACACCAUCAGAGCUUUUAUGCCAGAAGAUGGACAGUCUGUGCAAACAUACUACAGAAAACAUUUUCUGUAAUUACUGUUUGUUGGAUGAUACUGUGUGCCUUGAUCUACAGACCAUAUAAUGUGCUGCUGCUUGGUUGUAAUGUGUGUAUAAGUCAACUGAUAUAUGAUACUGCUGUUACAUAUGGCACGACCAGUUGUAUUUCACUACCAGUUAUGCAUUACUGGCUUGGAAUGGUCUUCUAUUUCUAUCAGGGCAAUUCAAACAGCUUGGCAAGUAUUGAUGUCGCUGCAGGAUACAUAGGACAAGAAGAAUACAACAUUGCUUCAGUUGGGGCACUCCUUAUUGCACAUACGUAUUGUGCUCCCAUUCUUUCUUAUUUACUUUUAAUAAGAAAUAUUUGCAAGCAUUCAGUUCAACAUGAUAAAGAAUGGCUUGAUGACCAGCUGCACAGAUUGUUUUGGUUUGUGGCUUCACAUCGAUCACUGCUUCUUACAGUAUAUUCUAUACUUCUUACAUUCCAAAGGCAUCAUUUAUUUGUGUGGACAGUUUUUGCACCUAAACUGCUUUAUGAAGCUAUGUUUACAACUUGCACUCUUGUCAAGCUGCUUUUUACCUUUUUCAUUGUUCAGUCAGUAAUGUAUAAAGAACAAAAAUGUAAACAAUGGAAGUAGUGUAAUAAAAUUUUCAUUAAUGA